GCAACACUAUUUGACAGUGACAGUCACGACUUUCAAAUGACAUGAAUUAAACUCAAUUCAACGAAACUCAAUUUUGGCACUACGAAAAGCCAUAAAUCAAAAGAAGAAGAAGAACGAAACUGUAAAAAUCUUGUGCUAGUAAGCAAAAUAAAUAUAAUUCAUAUAACUAAAAUGUUUUGGUGUAUAGUGAGGAUCAAUAACUAAGUGUUAACUUCAAAACAGAAAGUGCGCAAUUUAAUUAAUGUUCAAAAAUGAGGACCAGAAGCAAUUCUGGCGUACGUUUAGAUUAUUAUCAAAGAGUGGUGCACAAGUUAAUUUUAGAUCACCAGCAGCCAGUUACGGGAUUGUUUCAAGCCAGUCCUCAUAAUGAUCAUGCCUGGAUUAGAGACAAUCUCUAUUGUAUCUUGGCCGUAUGGGGUCUGUCCAUGGCAUUUAAAAAGAUCGCCGACCAGGAUGAAGAUCGUGCCAAAACAUACGAAUUAGAACAGAGCUGCGUAAAGCUCAUGAGAGGUCUUUUAAUGGCAAUGAUGCAACAAAAAGACAAAGUAGAAAAAUUUAAGAGCACUCAACAUCCAUUGGAUUCCCUCCAUGCUAAAUAUUCAUCAAGAACUGGCCAAACUGUUGUUAAAGACACUGAAUGGGGCCAUCUCCAAAUUGAUGCUAUCUCACUAUACCUUCUCAUCCUUGCGCAGAUGACUGCAUCUGGCUUGCAAAUAGUAUUUUCUUUAGAUGAAGUUGCAUUCAUCCAAAAUUUAGUCUUUUAUAUAGAGUCUGCAUAUUGUACUCCUGAUUAUGGUAUUUGGGAAAGAGGAGACAAAACUAAUCAUGGUCUACCUGAGCUUAAUGCAAGUUCAAUUGGAAUGGCUAAAGCUGCUCUUGAAGCUAUGAAUGAGCUUGAUCUUUUUGGUGCCCGUGGAGGACCUUCUAGUGUAAUCCAUGUAUUGGCAGAUGAGGCACAGAAAUGCCAAGCUGUGUUACAGUCAAUGCUUCCUAGAGAGUCCAAUAGUAAGGAGUUGGAUUCAGGCCUAUUGUCAAUCAUUAGUUACCCAGCAUUUGCUGUUGAUGAUCCCCAGCUAAUAACAAAAACCAGAGAAACAAUAGUGAAUAAGCUUCAAGGAAAAUAUGGUUGUAAGAGAUUUUUGAGAGAUGGACACAAAACCCCACGGGAAGACCCAAAUCGAUUAUAUUAUGAACCAUGGGAACUUAGGAUGUUUGAAAACAUAGAAUGUGAAUGGCCUUUAUUCUUCUGUUACCUUAUAUUGGAUUACUGUUUUCAAGGGGACAAAAACAAUGUCACUGAUUAUAUGCAAAGACUUGAGAAAAUCAUGAUAAGGAAGGAUGAUGGAAUAAAAUUGGUUCCUGAAUUGUAUUCAGUGCCAGGUGACAGGGCAGACCAGGAAAAGUUAGAGCCUGGCAGUCAAGAACGGAUACCACUCGGAAGAUGUCCAUUUAUAUGGGGCCAGUCAUUAUAUAUACUUGGUAAAUUAUUACAAGAGGGAUUUUUGGCGGUCGGAGAAUUGGAUCCACUGAACAGAAGAUUGUGUUCAGAAAAGAAACCAGAUGUUGUUGUACAAAUAGUAAUACUAGCCGAAGACAAUGAAAUACGAGACAAGUUACUUGAGCAUGAUCUACAUGUUCAAACAAUAAGCGAGGUGGCACCAAUUGAAGUGCAGCCAGCUAGAGUUCUGAGUCAUCUUUAUACAUAUUUGGGACGCAACAAGAAACUUGGUUUAUCUGGAAGGAAAUCUCGCGAUGUAGGAAUUCUGAGCACUAGCAAAUUAUACUCGUUAAACGAGCGCAUAUUUGCGUUCACGCCUCAGAAUUUCGACUACGAAGAGUACUACAUGACCCGCGACCCGGCUUUGCUCGCGAGCACGUUUACAGCGAACGUCGCCUUUCUCGGCAUGAGUUGGAAGCAAAUGUUGGGAAGGCCGACUAUCACUUUACUUGCUACACAAUACCUUUUAGAUCAAGGCAAAAUUCCCAUGGCAAUGAUAACCACUAUGAAGAAACUAAAGUCUGGUUACAUUAAUGGUACAAGAGUGACACUGGGCAAUCUUGGUGAAUUUUUAAGUACAUCUGCUAUUACGAAUUUAAGCUUUUUGGGCAGUCAAGAGGAUGGAUAUCCAGACAAGUUAAACCCACAAGUGCAUAGCUACUUAGAGGAGCAUUUAUUGAAAUCCUUCAGUACCAAGUUCAGUUUCCUCUCCCGUCCGACCGGCCUUAAGAAUGCGAAAAUGUUACGGCGACGCAUGUCUGUGCGUGGGGCUAUUAAAAAGACGAGGUCUAUUAAUGUCGAUUCUGAAACCUUAGGAAUGGAAGGUGAAAACGUUGGACCCCACUUGGAGAAGAAAGCGUCGUGGCUCGAAAUGGAUCCAUUGUUCGGGCGUAGUCCAUCGCCGGAAUUAGCAAAGAAAAAAGCUAUCACAAAAGGCACCUCAACGACCAAUUUGGGUGUAUUAACUCCGACAAUCGAAAUAACCAAAGAAACAACUCCGCCACCAACUCAACCAAGAAAAUCCGAAGCUGUAGUAAAAAACGCACCCUUGCGAAACCGAACAAUAUCCGAGAGCCAGAAUCUGCUGUACGCUGAACAGGAGACCGAUGAACUAAUAGCGAUGUUACGAGAAACCGAAAAUCUCGAUGAACAAGGCGAUAUCCUACAAUACUUGGUAGACACGCAUGGCCUUGAAUUCAGUACCGGUAUGCUAGAAAACGGAAAAGCAGUAACAGUAAAAGAUUUACUCAAAGCCCUCUACGAAAAGGCUUGUACCCAAAAACUCUGGGGCCUAGUCCGUCACACUGCGGGGAUGUUGGGCAAACGUGUGGAAGAUUUGGCCAAGGCUGUGACAGACUUGCUUGUGAGGCAGAAACAGAUAACAGUGGGAAUGCCACCUAAUAAUGAACAAACGAUCACUGCGCCUUUACCUGAGAAUGAAUUGAGGCAGUUGAUACAUGUGGCCUAUGGAGACGACGAAAGUACGGCGAUGUUAACACAAGAACUGCUCGUAUAUCUUGCCAUGUUUAUUCGCACCGAACCGCAGCUUUUCUUGGAGAUGUUGCGGCUCCGAGUAGGCCUUAUUAUUCAGGUAAUGGCUACGGAAUUGUCUCGCACUUUGUCCUGCGACGGCGAAGAGGCGUCCGAACAUUUACUAAACCUAUCGCCCUUCGAGAUGAAGAAUCUAUUACAUCACAUCCUAAGUGGCAAGGAGUUUGCUAUCAACAGUGCGCAUUCCAUAUUUAUCGCCAUUAAAGGGAAAUACGAUAGAGCUGGGAGAGGAAACAUAUCCAUCGUCAGCAACAAGUCGACACGGUAUACGAAGAAGUCUCAGAUAAUUUUGGAAGGCCAAGCGCUUCAGGGUACCAUUGAUGAAGCUCCUAUAGCCGAACCGGAUCGUCAAGGUCAGUGGCUCCGACGAAGGAGGCUCGAUGGUGCUCUGAACCGCGUUCCCAGGGACUUCUAUCCUCGCGUAUGGGGAGUUUUGGAAAAGUGCCAAGGACUGGUAAUCCAGGGAAAACUGUUGCAACAAAAUUUGACCCAAGAGAUGACGUCGGGAGAGUUAAAAUUCGCGUUGGCCGUGGAAACUGUACUGAAUUCCAUUCCCCAGCCCGAAUAUAGGCAGUUGGUUGUAGAGGCUCUGAUGGUGCUGACAUUGGUGGUGGAGUAUAAAGCCGUCAACCAAUUGGGUGGAAUGAUAACGGUGGAGCAUCUAGUGCAUAAAGCUAAUCAGAUCUUUUUGGAAGAUCAGAUGCGUUGCAACGGCGACGCAACAUUGUGUUGUGCGGCGGGCGCGUGCGGCGGUGCGCUUGUGUGCGGUGGCGCGGCCGGCGUAUGUCAGCACCUGUACGACUCCGCACCCAGCGGCAGCUACGGCACUAUGACCUAUCUCGCUCGCGCCGUGGCCGCACUGCUGGCCGACCGCAUGCCACACGACUCGCCCAUUGAGUGUGCCAUCACUUAGUUCCGGUGCCAAAUAAAAAGCUGAUCUUCCUCAUCGUUAUCGGGCAGAAGCAGGCCUCAUUGACGUGCUAUAUAUCGCCUACUUAAUUAUAAGUUUAGAAUUAAAGAUAGAUAAAGUAGACAAAAGUUGCUUCCUUUAUAAACCACAAAAUAUUUUAUUUUAAAAUAUUAUAAAAUAUAUAAUUUUAAAAUAUAAUAAGCAAAAUACAUUAUUUUUGUAAAAAGCAUACAUGUUACCUUUUUUAUUAGCUACAUUUAAUUUAUAAAGAAACCUAUUAUGAAGCUUUCAACGAGCGCCUACGAACGGACGAAGGUUGACUUUAGCUUGCCAACUGAAGUUCCUAGUUUUAAAUCGUUCACAUCGUACCCUUGAUGUUUGUUGCACCCUUAGUGCAAGAUUUACUCGCUCGCUAUCGAGUAUUAAACUUUGUAUCGUCAAAGUAAAAUGGACAUAAUGUCACUAGAUUGAUUUUGAUUUUUGUUUUACAAACGUUCUGUCAAAAGCCCAAGCUAAAGAAUUUUGAGCAAAUAAGAUCUAUUUUACUGCGAUGUUCAAGUGUUUCCAUACUCGAAAACGAAUCCUCGAUUGCGAGCGAACAAAUCUUGUACAAAGGCUACUGAUGUGUCCUUAUCAUUAUAAUAAUGAAUUUGUUAUUUGACGGAUGACAAAACAUAAUAUUUAUAUUUCAUACCAUGUUAAAAUUUAAAAACAAAUACUAGAAGGCAGGUUAUAGAGCAAACUUGUUACCUCUAUAAAUUAUUAUUGAUAAAAUAUUUUACACGAUUUAUACAAGCAUCAUAUUUAAAUUUACUUGUCAUAUGUAUUACUGAAGAUGAAGAAUAUUUAAUUCAAUGGGCAUUUCAAAAAAAUUAUGAAUUUGUAAUUGUAAGAUAAAAAACUAAUAUUUUUUUUUUAAUUAUGACGAAUAUUGGACUCUAUAAUUGGAGAAACUGAAGAAUUGUUUAUAUUUAUAUUUGAACACACUUAUCUCAAGAACUACACUUAUAUGUUAACUGAUGUUAUAUGCAAUCCGCUGGUCAGUUAGUCCAUAUCUGUCAGUCUGAAAUAUAUACCUCUUUGGAUGAAUCUAAACUGAAUAACAUAAAGGAAUUUAAAAAUAGACAUCGUGUUUUAUAUUGUGGGUGCCAUAUAAUUAUGAAAAACACAGAAUAAACUGCAGGGUGCACUUUUAUUAUUUUGUAACAAGCUCUCAUACUUGUUAUAUUUAUUGUUGAAACUGGUAUAAUACACAGGAUUCUAUUUGAGGAAAACACAAACUAUUCGAAUUUCAAACGUAAAGUAUGUUUUAAAGCAACUAUUUCGCUAUAUAACUAGGUAUUCGUCUUUAAUCUUAUUUACUAGGUGAGAAAAGAGAUACAUUUCUGUCAUACUGUAUAGAAUAUAAUAUGUACAAUAAAAAAGGUAACAUUUGUUAAAAAAUAUUUUAUAAUAAUACAG